ACAAAUGUUUGAGUUCGUUCAUUCCGAUAGGAAUUGCUCUAAUCGGAUGUUAAAAGACAUCUCGGGUUCAAAAGCAAUCCCAGACGGGAGACGGCAUAAUUUGAAAGUUGAAACUGAAACUGAAACUAAUUUCUUCUCAGCAGUCAGCACUGAGACCAACUUCGUAUUCUGUAGGUUUUAGGCAUCUUCGUCCCGAGAUUUGCCGCAGCAAACCCUCUCUAAAACCCUAGAAGGCUAAACCCAUUUUUCAAUCAACUUCGGAGUUCUUCGCCUCAAAUUUUUCCAGCAACUUCAGAAAACUCCUACAAAUCAACCUCUCACUUCAGUUUGGGAACUCAGUUGCAGCUGAACGUUUGUCCUCUUUAUGAAUAUCAAGCAAGAUGGCGAAGAGGGUUCCCUCAUUUUAUUUAAGCAGGGUGCAGAAGCUAGAGUUUUUGAGUCGACGUUUAUGGGUAGGAGAUCUGUUGUCAAGGAACGUUUCUCAAAGAAGUAUAGACAUCCUACUCUGGACGCAAAAUUGACCCUCAGACGAUUGAACGCGGAAGCUCGUUGCAUGACAAAAGCAAGGGGACUUGGUGUUUACACUCCAGUAUUGUAUGCUGUAGAUACUGUUCUACACACCCUAACAUUCGAGCAUGUGGAGGGGCAAAUGGUCAAAGAAGUUCUAUUAAACUUUGGUUUGCAUGGAAUUGUUGAGGAGAAAAUGGCCAAUUUUGCAAAACAGAUUGGCAGUGCAAUCGCGAAAAUACAUGACGGUGGUUUGAUUCAUGGAGAUCUUACAACAUCAAAUAUGAUAAUCAGGAAAGAUACUAAUCAGCUGGUGCUCAUCGACUUCGGUUUGAGCUUCACUUCAACUCUUCCUGAAGAUAAGGCAGUCGACUUAUAUGUUCUUGAGAGGGCUUUGAUCUCGAUGCAUUCGUCGUGUGGAAAUGUGGCAAGGAUAAGAUGGAUCAAAUACUCACUUCGUACAGGAGGUCAACAAAGCAAUGGUCGUCUACAUUCAAUAAGCUAGCUCAAGUUCGACUGAGAGGCCGAAAGCGUGUGAUGAUUGGAUAAAGCUGCUUUCUGGUCGAGAUUAUGUUACAUAUGGCUUGAUGCAUACAAGUUCAUGGAGGACAGAAUCUGGCCCCUCUGCUACUGCCGUUUGAUUGAGAGAUCUAAAGCCCGUCAUAAUUGGAUAAAGCUGCUUUAUGGUUGAGAUUAUGUUACAGUUGGCUUGCUACUUACGAGUUGGUAAAAGAUACAAGCUAUUCCCAUAGAAUAGCACAACGCAAUAUGUUUGAAUACUUUGCACCAUUUUAUCUAUGUACUGAAAAACUUGCAUGAACUUUGCAAUGUGUUUGUGUACUUACUAGAUUGUCUUAUAUUUCGUACCAAAUGUUCUUUCCCAA